AUGGUGAGGCUGUUUGGCGAUAAGGCCCUCAAGGAUAUUUCCAACCCACACCUGUUCCGCUUGAAGGAGAAAAUGUUGCAGUAUAAAUUCACAAUACGGUAUUUACCUGGGAAGCAUAACGCGGCGGCAGACUUCUUGUCGAAAUAUCCUGGAGCCAGGACAGACCCAGAUAAAGUGGACGAAGAACAGAACACCAUCGCUGCAGCCACUGUAGCCUCCCUGGACUUAAGUGAGCAUGCUACCUUGAAUGAAGAACUCGUCAAGCAAGUGGCAGUCGAAGACCCAAGCUACCAGCUACUUGUGGAAAGUGUUACCAACAGCGACUGGGGUUCUUACAGGGCGCAGGAGCUUGCCUGCCUCAGGCCGUUUUACUGUGUAAAGAAUAGAUUGGCUGUAGCAGGAGGUUUGGUUACAUACACCUUUGGCCAGGGGUGUGUCCGCCUCGUCAUCCCUGAAGCUCUGCGUGGCCAAAUAGCGGCCAAUCUUCACGCCAGCCACCAGGGCCUCGACUCCAUGCUGAGGAGAGCAAGGCAAGCUAUAUACUGGCCAGGGAUAGAAGGCGACCUACAAUACCACCGUGCCUCCUGCAACUCCUGCAACGCCAAUGCACCUUCACAGUUGCCUGAGCCUCUUCUACUAACUCCUCCACUAGAGUUUCCUUUCCAGCAGACUGUGGCAAAUUUACAGUUUGGAGGUCAGAUGUAUCUAGUAUAUGCAGAUAGACUCACUGGAUGGCUGGAAAUCGCACACCUCCACUCUGGUUCCUCUUCCUACAAGAUAAUGAAGCACUUUCGCCACUACUUCACUAGGUGGGGAGCCCCAGAGCAGCUUUCAACGGAUGGUGGGACCAACUUAGUAAGUGAGGAUAUGGCUAAUUUCCUCAAGAGAUGGGGUGUCGCGACUCGCCUCUCUUCUGCUCAGUACCCACAGUCCAGUGGCCGUGCUGAGGCUGCUGUGAAGACAGCCAAGAGAAUAUUGCAGGACAACAAAGGAGCAGGAGGCAACCUGGACACUGAUAAGAUGUCCUUCGCUCUUCUCCAGUACCUGAACACACCCUUGCGUGGAGUGAAUAAGUCUCCUGCAAAAAUGACAAUAGGUAAGCAGCUAAGGGAUGGCAUCCCCACAGCCAGGGUGAACUACAAGAUCGAUCCCCAGUGGCGACAGACCCUGAACAAGAGGGAGUUGCAGAUGGUCAGGCAGAACGAGGCUGCACUGGAUCAAUGUGGUAACCACUAA